AGAUUGGUACGAUCCUUCCUGGCCAUGGCCCUUCCGGCGGGGGUCGGGGCUGCGGUCGCCGGUGCAGCCGUGGUCACGCUGCUCUCGGCCGCGCUAGCGCUCUACGGGCCGCCGCUGGACGCAGUUUUAAAAAGAGCAUUUUCACUGCAGAAAGCACAUUCGAUAAAAAAUAUGGAAGAUACCUUUCAGUUGGUGAAAAAUAUUAUACCUCCUUUAACUUCUAAGAAGCACAAAGGGCAAGAUGGAAGAAUAGGCAUAGUUGGAGGCUGUCAAGAGUACACCGGAGCCCCUUAUUUUGCAGCAAUCUCAGCUCUCAAAGUGGGUGCAGAUUUAUCCCAUGUGUUCUGUACCCGGGAGGCCGCACCUGUAAUCAAGUCGUAUAGCCCGGAGCUGAUUGUUCACCCCGUUCUUGACAGCUCUGAUGCCGUUCAGGAAGUGGGAAAGUGGUUGCCCCGACUGCAUGCCCUGGUUGUAGGACCUGGCUUAGGUAGAGAUGAUGCUCUUCUCGAAAAUGUCAAGGGCAUUUUAGAAGCGUCAAAGGCCAGAGCCAUCCCUGUCGUCAUUGAUGCAGACGGGCUGUGGCUGAUCACUCAGCAGCCAACCCUCAUCCAAGGCUACCAGAAGGCAGUUCUCACUCCUAACCAUGUGGAGUUCAGCAGACUCUAUGAAGCUGUGCUAAGAUACCCCGUGGAUAGCAGUGAUCGCCGUGGAGCUGUGCUGAGACUCAGCCAGGCCCUGGGGAAUGUGACUGUGGUCCAGAAAGGGGAGCAGGAUGUGAUCUCUGAUGGCCAAUACGUGCUCGAGUGCAACCUGCAGGGCAGUCACCGCAGGUGUGGUGGGCAAGGAGACCUCCUGUCAGGCUUCCUGGGCGCUUUGGUGCACUGGGCACUCCACGCUGGACCUGAGAAAACAAAUGGUUUCAGCCCUCUCCUCGUGGCUGCCUUUGGUGCGUGCUCCCUCACAAGGCAGUGCAGCCACCAAGCCUUCCGGAAGUACGGCCGCUCCACCACCACUACAGACAUGAUCCCAGAAAUUGGACCUGCAUUCAGCAGACUCUUCGAAACCUGAGCCAGUGUAAAUGGGAAGAAAGUGGGCACCAUGAUGGGAGAAACUGCAUUCAUAAUGGGAAGUCCAUGUCCAGUAUGUCUGAAUCCUCUGGGAACCAGAGCAGCAUGGGCAGCUUGGGUUGAUGUAGAGAAUUUAAGAAUUGGGAAUGCAGCAAUUUUUGGCUAAGUUAAUAUGCAGAUCGAAAUGUUAUAAUGACACUAACUAAACAAAGUACUCCUGAACUUUUGUUAGCUUCCCAACAAUAACAAAAAACUGUAGAAUCCUUUGAGAAUGAGAAAGUCUUUAACCAGCUCAGCUGAAUUACUGGGGUUGCUCCAAGAUCGCAGAGUUCUGUUUUAGUCUCCCUGAGCUUAUUUCUUAUUCUCUGCCAAGGCACUUUAUGUUUCUUUUAUUUGUGCAAGAAGUUCCUCUUACUAAGUUCUCUCAAAGGGAUCCAGUUGGUCGUUUCCAAAUAGCUUUGAGAAUAAUGGCUUUUGUUUUUUUUAAUUGAGAUCCACCAAAGGAUGUGGCAUUCAUUCUUUAGCUCAUUUUUUUUUUUUUAAACAGUGAUUAUGUUGAAAAGGUUUGGGCAGAAAUACUAAGCAUUGGUUGUUUUGGUUAAUUGGUUAAAGUAUUCAGAAUAACCAGUGGUCAGUUUGACUUUGGAAAUCUUUUUGGAGGCACCAUGGGAAAAUCAGAGAAGGUAGCUUAAUGGGACAAUGCACAGGUCCGGACUGUGGAAUACCUCAUAUCUUACUUCCACUUUGCCACGUCUGUGCACACAAGUAUGUGUGGUGGCUGAUGGGGCCCAGCAGAGUGUGUGUGAGUGGGAGGGGUGCCUGUUGUUCCUGAUGUGGCCCAUUGGUGUGACCUCUUGGGAGGAAGGCUUCAGGAUACUGGGUCUGGUGGUAAAUAGCAUCAAGGGGUCCUGAGGGUACUGAACAGAGAAGAACAGCAGUCCUGGUUUGAAAAUGGGUGGGGUAGGUUUGUCCUCAGGAAGAUUUAGAUUCCAUUAAAGAAGUUGAUAUAUCUGAAA